CCUUACUCAUAACUUCACUGGAUGAACAAUACUUCUUCUGAGUAAGUUCAGAAAAACCAAAAAAAUAAAAAGAAAAUAAAAGAAAAGAAAAAGGAAGUUGCUUUUUUUCUUGAUCUCUCUGCAACAGUUUUUUGUCUUUUCUUGUUAAACAAAUAUAGCCCAGCUAAAAUCAAAUGUUUUUGGUUCAAAGUUUUAAACUUUGAAAAGAACCAAAGAACAUUCAGUACUGUAUCUUUCUCUUUCUAGAGAAACAAGACAUGAAUCUUGUUCUUGGUUUCUUGUUGCCCAUGUGGAUAUGGCCAUCUUUAUUAUUAUUUACCACUUCUUUGUUUUCCUUGCUUGAUGCUAGACCUGAGCCCACACUUCUUGCUAAAAAAGAACUACCCUUCUCUCAUUUCUCUUCAAAAAUGGAAGCUCAAUCUCCAGGAAUUACUAUGGCUCCUGUGGUUACAGUAGUGCACCAUCAAGAUUUGAACAAGAGAAUCCUCAUAGCAUUAAUUAUUGCUUCUUCUCUCCUCGGGGGAAUCUUGUUGUUUCUGUCAUGUUUUUGGAUAUACAGGAUGAAAAGCUCAAAGAAAUCUAGUACCAAAAACAAACAAAAUUUGGAUGCUGGAAAUGGGCAUACUCUGAGUCCUAUUCUGGAUAAAUUUAAUUCCUUGAGAAUGGUUGGUAAGAAGGGUUCCAUUGCUGUAAUGGAAUAUCAGUUGUUAGAAGCUGCAACAAACAAUUUCCGGGAAAAUAAUUUGUUGGGUGAAGGUGGUCACGGAAGCAUUUAUAAGGCUCGUUUCAGUGACAAACUCCUUGCAGCUGUAAAGAAAUUGGAGGGUGGACAGGAUGUUGAAAGAGAAUUUCAGAAUGAGUUGAAGUGGUUGACAAAAAUUCAGCAUCAGAACAUAAUUUCUCUUUUGGGUUACUGCAAUCACGAUAAAGCAAAGUUUCUUGUGUAUGAAAUGAUGCAAAAUGGGUCUUUGGAUAGGCAAUUGCACGGACCAACACAUGGCUCAAAAUUAACUUGGCAUCUGCGAAUGAAAAUUGCUGUUAAUGUUGCAAGAGGACUAGAAUAUCUUCACGAGCAUUGCAAUCCUCCUCUUGUGCACAGAGAUCUAAAGUCAUCUAACAUACUUCUGGAUUCCAACUUCAAUGCCAAGCUUUCAGACUUUGGCCUUGCUGUAACUUCUGGGGUUGAAAACAAAAACAUAAAGCUCUCAGGAACUCUAGGUUAUGUUGCCCCAGAGUACCUUCUGGAAGGUAAACUAACUGACAAGAGUGAUGUCUAUGCUUUCGGGGUAGUCCUUUUGGAGCUCCUCAUGGGAAGAAAACCGGUAGAAAAGAUGUCACAAGAUCAAUGCCAGUCUAUAGUUACAUGGGCCAUGCCUCAGCUUACUGACAGAUCAAAGCUUCCAAACAUCGUGGACCCUGUUGUCAAGGAUACUAUGGACUUAAAGCACUUAUAUCAGGUAGCUGCAGUUGCAGUACUAUGCGUACAGCAAGAACCAAGUUAUAGGCCAUUGAUAACCGACGUCCUGCAUUCCCUCAUCCCUCUUUUACCUCUUGAGCUUGGAGGUUCACUAAGAAUUACAGAACCUGUGCCUUCUCACUAAUGAUGAAAUAUGUAGAUGUGUAUCUACAUUAUCAUUUUUUCUGAUCCCACUAUUUCCUUUGUAGAUUCAGUUGCAUAUGCAAAUCAUUACUGAAAAAAUUUUGUUUCUUGUGAUCACAGCUGUAAAUUAAUUUAAUUUAAUGUGAUUUGUCAAUGCAGUGCUAAUGGUACCUUUCCAAGACCUAGUUUGGCAAACUACCCUCUUUGAGGACAAAAAGAUAGAGGGUUUGAGCAUAGGGUUGUGAACUUUUGAUGAUCUUCUAGUCUUAGUGGUGAUCAUUCGUUGAAGCUAGAAAGCUUUUCCUAGGUCUGCACUAAUCCUUGUCCAGACUUCAUCUCAAACAUUUGUGAUUGUGUGUGUUUGUUAUAUAUUAUGGAUGAGAUACUUCAGCCAUCACUUUACUCUCAAAA